AUACAUUACAUACCUCCAGCUAAGUAGUAUACAUACACCUACGUAUUAUAGCAACAACGCGUUUCGUCCGUAUUUCGUAUCAUUUAACCUUUUAAACGCCUGACAACAUACAUCGACCUUAGCUGCAACCACGGCUUGUUUACGAAAAUCAAUUACGAAGUCACGCACCUACGAAUACACAACUCAUAAAAGCCUAAUCAAGAGCCUCUCUCUCUCCCUUUAAUACAGAAUACUCGCAACAACAAAACCUACCUACCAUUACGGUAAAAAAAUACAUAAUCAAUCCGACACCAAAAAAAAUCGAAACAGAAAAGAUGGCGCGACUAGCUCAAGCGCCCGCGACCCCCGGCCGGAUCAUAUCCAACUCGGGAUCCCUGACGGACCUCAACCGGCUGCUCGCCCGUCUGCAGGACAACAUCCUCCACGCCAACGCCGAGCGCGAGCUGCAGCUGCGGACGAACGAGUAUGAGCGCAGCAAGGCUAAAGCCAACAUCGACUACGCCCGAACCCUCCUCACCGGUCUAGAGCAAGACGCGCUGGCCAUCAAGGUGCACUCGCGUCGGCAGGAGGCGCAGGCGGACCUGAACCAGAAGCGGGAGGUGCUCGAGCAGGUGACCGAGCGGUACCUGGAGAUCGAGGAGAUAAGCCUGGACAGCGACGAUAGCUCCGAGGGCGAGGACCUGCUGGGCGAGAUCAUCCACACCCCUAGCGAGAGUGCGGCUUCGACGUCCGGCGGGGCGGCUCAGCAGGGAGAAGAAGAAGAAGGAAAUAGUGAUGAUGGCGGCCCAAGAGAGGAGGAGUACGGAUCAGAAACAGACGCACACGGCUGGAACGAUCCCCCCGAGCCGCGAAUACCAGCCCAACCCCACCCCACAACGACCGCGACAUCGUCUUCCCAAAUACCCAGCAUAACAACAACCGCAACACAGCCUCAGGAAACCGGCACAUCAACAACCCAAGCCCUCCGCCCCCGCACCCUAGCAAAAGGCGACUCCCAACCAACCACAACCUCCAACCCCGAAAAAGGCGAAACUACCGCCCUCCGCACCCAGCUCUUCUCCUCCCACCCCUCCAACCCCACCACCGCAACAACCGAAGCCCUAAUCGACCACCAGCGCGCCCAACAAGACGCCCUAACCGAAUCCAUGAUAACCAUGGCGCGCUCCCUCAAGGAGUCAACCCACCGCUUCGCCUCCGCCCUCCGCGAAGACGCCGACGUCCUCGUCGACGCGGGGCGCGGCCUCGAGAAGGGGGAGAACGGCCUCGGCGCCGUCGCUACCCGUCUCGCAAACCUGACGCGCGUUGGCGAGGGCAAGGGGUGGUGGGGGAGGGUGCUGCUGUAUGUGUGGAUAGCCGGGCUGGCGCUUUUCGCCCUGGUGCUGGUUUUUGUGUUGCCGAAGUUGAGGUUUUGAUUUUGAUUUUGAUUUUUUUAGUGGAUAAAUCGGAGAAGAAGAAGAAGAAGAAAAGGAGGAAAGGAAGAUGGAAA